UCCUCCGCCGCCUCGCUUUCCGGCGCCGCGAGACCCAUCGCCGGCUUCCGCGCUUCCUCCGGCUGGUGUGCUCCUCUCGCAAUCGCGCUGGAUUCUUCCCCGCUGCGUGGAGGGGGACUGAGGUCGUUGCUGUUUCCUACCCGCCACCGCCGCCUGAGUUGAGGGAGGAGGAGGAGGAAGGGGCGCAAUGACGGUGGCUGCGGCGCUUCUGCGCCGGAGGGCGCUCUAUUCGACCCUUGCGCCGUCCUUUUCUGUCCAUGAUGCCAAUUUCCGCUGCCUUUGCUUCAAUUCUGGUGUAAACGUUGUUCAACCAUCCAAUUUGAGAUUACAGAGGAACUAUCACAGCUCUGGGAAGUUUGAUUUGACUGAUAUGACACACCCUCAUAUGUGGUAUCCGAAUGCCCGAGAAAAGAAGCGCAAUGUAUUUUUACAUGUCGGACCUACAAACAGUGGGAAAACGCAUAAUGCCCUCAAGAGAUUAGAAGCAAGUUCUUCAGGAGUAUACUGUGGACCUCUUAGAUUGUUAGCACGAGAGGUAGCUCAAAGACUAAACAAAGCUAAUGUACCUUGUAACUUAAUUACUGGACAAGAAAAGGAAGAAAUUGAAGGUGCAAAGCAUAGCUCAGUAACAGUUGAGAUGGCUGACGUGACAACUGAUUAUCAAUGUGCCAUUAUUGAUGAAAUUCAGAUGGUUGGCUGUAGAUCGAGGGGGUUUUCAUUUACUCGUGCACUUCUGGGGCUUUGUUCAGAUGAGCUUCAUGUUUGUGGUGACCCAGCUGUGGUUCCUCUCAUUCAGCGAAUUCUCGAACCUACCGGUGAUGUGAUUACGAUCCAGUAUUAUGAGAGGUUAUCUCCAUUAGUUCCUCUGAAGACUACGCUUGGGUCUUUCUCUAACAUCAAGGCAGGGGAUUGCAUUGUAACUUUCUCUCGACAAUCGAUAUAUAUGCUCAAGAGAAGAAUUGAAAUGGAGGGUAAGCAUCUUUGUUCUGUAGUCUAUGGCUCAUUGCCACCAGAAACUCGAACAAAACAGGCGACAAUGUUCAAUGAUGAAGCCAGUGACCUUAAUGUGUUAGUGGCUAGUGAUGCUAUUGGAAUGGGUCUUAAUCUCAACAUUUCUAGAAUCAUUUUCUCUACACUGAAGAAGUUUGAUGGCAUUUGCAAAAGGGAACUAACUGUGCCCGAGAUCAAACAAAUUGCUGGCAGGGCUGGGAGAUAUGGAUCUAAAUUCCCAGUUGGUGAAGUGACCUGUCUAGAUGCUGAUCAACUUCCAUUACUACACUCAGCUCUGAAAUCACCUUCUCCCAUUAUAGAGCGUGCUGGACUUUUCCCCACUUUCGAUUUAUUGUCUCUGUAUUCACGAUUGCAUGGAACUGACUUUUUUCACCCUGUAUUGGAGCAUUUCUUGGAUAAGGCUAAACUAUCUCCUGACUAUUUCAUUGCUGAUUGUGAAGAUAUGCUGAAAGUUGCUGCUAUUGUUGAUGAGUUACCACUUGGAUUGUAUGAUAAAUACCUCUUCUGUCUCAGUCCAGUGGACGUUGAUGAUGAUAUAUCUACUCAAGGAUUAAUUCAGUUUGCAGAAAAUUAUGCAAAGAAAGGAAUUGUUCGACUUAAGGAGAUAUUUACACCUGGGACACUCCAAGUGCCUAAAUCACACAAUCAACUGAAGGAGCUUGAAUCGAUUCACAAGGUCCUAGAGUUGUAUGUGUGGUUGAGCUUCAGAAUGGAGGAUUCCUUCCCAGACCGUGAAUUGGCAGCUUCCCAGAAGUCAAUCUGUAGUAUGUUGAUCGAAGAAUAUCUGGAAAGGUCCGGUUGGCAGCAACAAGGGAAAAGGAAGUUUUUACAAAGGUCAAAGAAUGUGCAUCGAGACUAUGAUGCAUCACAAUUGCGCAAGUAUUUUCAAGAAAUUGAUGUGAGAUCAAAAUAAGAGGCUUAUAUACUAUAAAGUUGCCUCACAACAUUCAGUCCCGAUUUGAGCAAACUUCUGGACUUCUGAUUGCAUACCUUAUGGCAGACGAGAGGCGACAAUACAUUUAUGGAUGACACAGCUAAAAUGGAAUCAUCAGUCAAUAUUGCAGCAGAUAUCCUCCAUCUUGACGACUUUGUAGUUAUUCUUUCAUUACUCUUUUUUGUGUUUCUAACACAAAUUGACCUGUACAUUACGUUAAAUUAUACUAUAAUAGUUCGUUAAAUUUAUUAACAUAGACGGUUAAAAUUAUUAACUUCUAACUUGUAUUGUCGUAUGCCACUUUCAGUUCCAUGGAACAAUGUAGCGCCAGUAACUCUAAUCAAAGGUGUAAAUGUCAGAAAAGCAUUUGUUUCUUCGGUAGU